GCGGAGUUUGCUCCGCACUUUGAAGAGUGGCCGACAGAAAAGUAGUUGGCAUGGCGGUGGAGUGGACAUCUCUGUGCAUGGACAAGUUGUAGAUGGAAAGUGGACGUGUGACGAGCAGAACGAGACACCGAUCAACAACUCUCUGUCAAAGUCAUGCUUCUGUUGUGCGUCUGUCUGGUUUGCGCGCUGCUUUUACGCACGAAUGGGAAAACGAUUGGAGAGCUCAGUGGGACAGCGGGACGCCUUCUGCAUGUCGAUGACGGGAACUUUUCAAGGCAGGAUCACAUGAAACAAGAGCCCUUUCACCAGCAACAACAAGUGCUCCAAGCCCUGCCAGGUUCUCCCUUUGACCUGAAGGUCCAGGUGAACGACGUGCUGAGCCGUCAGUACCUGAGUCGGGCUGUAGUCGACGUCUACAUCAACUACACCAGGACCUACAGUGCUCUUACUGGAGAGGACGGCGCUGUCCUGCUUCAUGUACCUUACCACAGUGGGCUGCCGCUCACAGUUGUGGCCAGCAAGGACGGCUACAUUAGUACACUGCUGCCUUGUAAAACCAACCGAACGCCAAUAUUUUCGUCUGUGACUAUGACACUGCAUGGUCGGAAUCAAGGGAACAUCUGGCUCUUUGAAGAUUCGGUCCUGAUUACUGGCAGAACAUCUGAUGCAUCAGCCCAGCCCACUGUCAGGUUUCCUAAGAGUCUGCUGAACCUGACUCACAGCAGCAACAUCACCUCUGUUACAGCCUUCCUCACUGUUCUCAAACUGACAUCAGAGCAGGAUGGCUUCUUAAACACUCUGGGCAUCGUGAGCAGUAAAUCAGGUUAUGUCAGUGUGGAGUUAAGCCCGGUGGCGGCUGUCAGUGUGCAGCUCUUCUCAGGAGACACAGAGUUAAAUGUGAGUGGGCCCAUCCAGCUCAGCCUCGGUAUCGCUGACAGCUGUGGACUGCAGACGUCAAAUGUUGUUCCUGCUUGGUUUUUUAACCGCACCACUGGUGGAUUUAUGAGAAAGGGACUAGGAAAGGUGACGUCAGUGGAUGGAAAACUCACUUGGACAUUCACAGCUCCUCACCUCGGCUACUGGAUUGCUGCACCUUUGUCAUCCACCAGAGGUUUCUUUGGACUGGCUGUUCCCAUUGACUUCAUCUUACACCAUUCGUUUUUCCUGAUGGCUCUUGUAGGAGGAACGCUUGUUAUAGUCAUCUGUCUUCUGCUUGGAUUAAUAUGUUAUUGCAGAAGUGCACCCAGUGAUAAAAACGCAAAGAAGAUCCUCCCAGUGAUGAAAAAAGACCAAACCACCUCCACAUGUGAUGAUGAAGUAUUUGAAGCAUCGUCCAGGAUUGUCUUCCACCCACGGGAUGAACCGGACACCAAUAACAUAAUAACCAACCCCAAUGUGGCCAUUACGCUGGAAUGUAACGAACUGGAGCUUAACACUGACCUCAAUGAUCUGACGGGUUCACACAAGACUUCAGAGCAAAUCAGAGUUGCAGCAUCCCUGACAGACAAUUUGUUUUUCUACAACCAGCCCGUAGCCAUUCUUCACGCUCCAGCAUUCUUCCAUUUGGAGGAACAACCGGAGCAGUGGAGCAAGUCGGCCACUCUUCCCCGCACAGGGGCCUCAAACGGUGCUGCCACUGAGCCGCUGAAUAAGGACAGCUUCACCCAGACGCUGGCAAAAGGUCCCUCUGAGACCCAGAACCCGGCAGCAGAGACUGAGGACCAGCUUGGAGGUUUAAAGGGUUCUCCGGCGGCAGCAUCCGCCACCACAGCCAGAAGUCCCUUCAACCUCCCGGAGUCGAUGUCCGUGCCAGGAACGUUAAAUAAAAUCGGUAACAACAGACACUCUGCGCAUGUCUUGGGAGCAUUGUCUAAAAUCCCAUCGCCUCAGCCUCCUCGGGCCUGGUUUGUCUCACUGGAGGGCAAACCUGCAGCUGAGAUCCAUUACAAUGUGUCAGAGCAGCAGAGGAGGCGGAGGCCGGUUGAGAGUCGGGAAACCAGCCUGGACUCAGGGGUGGACAUGAGCGAACUGAACCAGACAUCUGGUAGGAGGACUGUGACUCUGGAGCGCAAUGCUACCUUUGUCAAAAGCACAUCCCACAGUAAACCUACACCUCCAGAGUAACAACUAAUUGCUUAAAGCCAUCCGAGUUUGUUCAUAAACAGCAUCGAUGAGUGACUUACUUACCUUGUUGAUCGGAUAUUGAAUCCAGGAUGUAUACAUGACCACAUCUCUGCCAUCAUAAUAACCUCAGUCUACAUUGCAGCUACUGUGCAUGUAGAAAAUUUCACAUUUUAAAAAAAGUUCAGAGUUGGUGGUCAUUUCUGUGGUUUUAACAUUACAUUUUAAAAAUGUCUCAUAUACCACCCACUUUUAUUAGUCUUUCUCAUCUCUGAUACAUUCCCUUUUAAUGUUUCACUUCUUGUAAACAGUGUCGAUUUCAUUUGAAUAUUUGUUCUAUUUGUCCGCUUACAGCCUUACUUUUUAAUACUACAGUAGUGAUCAGUCUUCAGCUGUGUGCACUCAAAGACUAAUUUGUAAAGACUGAAUGUUUUUUGUUAAGAAAAUUAAUUUAUUUGUGUAUGUUGUGGUGUAUAUUGUCUCUAAUUUAAACACUGGACAUGGUGAUAUUGACAUUAGACUAUUAUUAUCUUCCAAGUACAAAAAAGGGAGACAGUUUAUGCAAUAAUUUCACAUUGUUAUGCUUCUGUGUUAAUGCAGUAAAACUAUAUUAUCUAAUUAUUUGUAUGAUCAUGUACAUACAGGGGAAAACUGUCCAAUGUUUUUUACAGUGAAAGGAGGUAUUUGCAGUGGUGGGUAGCAAGUGACUUGUGCUCAGAAACUCCUCUAAUGACCACUCAAGACAGAGUGUUUCCUCAACCACAUUUGAGAACACAACUCAGUAUUUGUUUUCUUUUUUUUUUCCUUUUUUUCCUUCUGACUUGUUAACAAACACAUUUUACUAUGAGCUAGACUUUAAGGCUGCAGACUCAAAUGGGAAACAGUUCAAAUCAGAGUUGAUUGUUCAUCUGCAUCACAGAUACAGUAUUGAUAAUUACUGAUAGCAGUGAUAGAUAUUCAUUGUGGUACAGUAGACGUAUGCUUACUGUACAUUUACUGUGCAUCUCUGAGGUACUUGCACUUUACUUGAGUAUUCUCUUUUCAUGCAACUUUGUGUUCCUGCUAGAUGACAUUUCAGAGGAAAAUAUUGCACUAGAUUUUUUGACAGCUGGAGAUGGGUGAUAAAUUAAAAGAGAACAACCAGCACAAAGUAUCUUAGUAAGGUGUUGGGUCACAUGUCACUUGAACAGCUUAAAUGCAACUUAGCAUUGAUUCUUCAAGUCCAGCUCUACUGGACUGAUAGAACACCAUUCUUCUGGUGGUUUUGGUGAUAAUGACGAGGAGCGCUGUUCCACAUAUCAUCUGUCUGUCUCAUGUCAGUCCGAAAUCUUCCCUUUGAGUAGGGGCAUCGUCAUUCACUUCCUUCAGGAUAGAAAUGUUUCAUCUUAGGAUAAAGCUGAUCACUCGGAAUAACAUUGCAUUGAUCUGCAGUGAUUAUUCCCUCUAAAGUCGGGGUCUCAUUUUACUUCAGGGCCCACAUACAGCCCAAUUUGAGCUCAAAUGGGCCGGACUAGUAAAAAUAUACCGUACUAAACUAUCAGUAACGGCAACUCCUAAUUCUUCCCUUUGUUUUAGUGCAAAAAAUAUAUAUUUUAAAAAUGCUCAUAUUUAAGAAGCUGCCAUUUCACAAAACAUUAUGAACAACCUGAAAUUUCCUAAGAAGAGUAAGUUUAGUUUCAUCAAUCUUAUGCCUCCAUUUAUCAUUUGCACCUUUGCAUAACAACUUCCAGGUCACAGUGUGUCUACAAAGGCACAGAACAUUCAGUCAUGGGCAUCUGAACAAUAGAGUAUUUUACUUUCUGAUCAAAACAACUUAAGGUCUACAAAUUAUUUUAAAUUUACGGUUUUACAAAUGUACAAUUUGCAGUUAAUGUCUUCUCUGUCAUUUUUACACCUUGCAAAAACUGGACCCUCUGGUGGGUCGGUUUUGACCGUAUAUUUGACAACCCUGCUCUAAAGGGACAAGUGGAUCCAAACAAAACUAGUUAAAUGCCCUCCACAGAACAACAGAGCCACUGGUUCACUGACUGUGGGGGUCAAUAGUUCCCGUCUUGGUCUCUUUGUGCGUACUCUCUGACUCAACUCUCAAAUGUACAUUCACCUUGGUAAUGAGGGGUUUAUGCACUGAAGUCUUGCUAUGAUGUCUAUCUCUAUGUCAACAGACUGUUCUGUUCAGUCUGAUUAUGUCCUGCACUGACUUUUUUUCGUAGUCUCUUGCGGAAGAUUUGCCCGUAUGUUUUUUCUUUGAAUGAAAGCAUGAGCAUUCAAUGUUUACUGUCAACCACAGUUUCAGAUCCUGUUUAUACUGAAUAUAAAUAUGUUCAUGAACCUGC